GGUGCACGCAUAAAAGAUUUCGCACGGAAAAGAUCGCUCGCUCGCUCGCUCCUCGAGCAAGCGAGCGAGCGCCUGAGACAUGGGUGGGGUUCUCGAGGACGUGUAGUCGUCGUGACUGGUCGGUUUCUUUCUUCGCGCCUCGUAACGAGUCCGAUACGGAGCAGCUGCUUGACCAGUGUCGCCGUGACUUAGAAACGGUGGCGUGUGACUACGACGAUACGCGCAACGGUCGACACUUAUAAUGGCUGUCUGAUCGCCGCGAGAGUCGACCGUGUACCUUCUCGGCGAGUCUGUGUAAGAAAGAUGGGCGUUUCGAGGUCACUCGGACCUCCUCGCGAGCUCUGAGAGAGCUGCCGAAUCAGUGAAACUGGAGCAGCGAGAGCGGAGCGAGUCCGAUACAAGCCGGACGAGAGUCAUUACGCGCGACAAGCUGUCAAGAAGAGAGAGAUUGCCGUAGUUUCGCUGGAGAAAAGCGAGGAAGACCGAAACAGGAAAAAACCAAGAACCGGAAAACGAGUGCGCGCGAGAUAGCGUCGUUAUCGUCGUCGGACGAUAUCGAGAAGUCGAACAACGACGACGUGCACUGACCUUUCUUAUUGAGCUGCGUUCGUCUCGCAGCCGCAUCGCGUUGUCUCGCAUCUUCAAUGAUCGGGUAUCUGGCAUUCGUGACUCAUUACUCGCGACUUGGCAGGUGGAGGAAGGUGAAUCGCGUCGCGGAUUUCGACAUCGGAGAUACCUUGACAUCGCGGAAAGUUACCGAUACUCGCGAUGGAGAAAAAGAGUCUGCGCAAGAGAGACGUACUGAGGAUGGACGGUCUUUUGCCUCCGACCAGACGUUUGCCGGUUUGCGAUGCCGUGACGAGCACAUCGGACAAGAAGAAGGACAAGAAAUGGUCGAUUGGGGGAAUUCUGCGACGAAUAUCGUCGAUAAGGGACUACGACAGCUCGUCCAACGACGAGGAGAUCGUUUACAAAAAACUGCCGAAAAAAUCCAUCAAAUUUGUCAGACAAUCCGACGACGUUGUUCUGCACUCGCUGGAGAAUAAUUCAGAGCACGACAAACGUGCGAGAGUCGAGAACAACGUUCGUCAUUCGGCGGAUUCGCCGCAUUUGUAUCGCGACUCGCUGCACUCGCGCAGCAGCGACGGUUCGCUGGACGGUUUGGGGAAGAAGUAUCGAAGAAACAAACUGAAAGCGCGCGCCGAGGCGAAGAGAGACCAUUUGUGCGUCGACAGCAGCUCCGACGAGGAUUGUCGCAGGUCCAACGGUUCGCUGAAUCGAUUUCACGGGGCGGAAACCGGCCAGAGAAGUAACAACGCGUGCAACAACAGAAAAACGCGAGCCGCUCGCACGGAGCGUUACAUCAAGCGCUUAUCUCGAGACGACAUUAACGGCAGCAGCGACACACUUGCGAACGACUUGCAGCACAAAAAGUGUCUAACCGAGUCGCACAUCGAAGAUAAGGAACGAGUUGCCGAUAACGGCGGACUGUGUCGUCCGCCCGUACAUCCGCGCCGUUUCGCUGGCUCGUCGAACGAUCGCACGGUUUUUCCGACGCAGAUCUCGUCCGUGGAAAAUCUGCGAGAUGUGAAUCGCACCGGUUUGCCGAAUUCCGAGACGAUUUACGGCGAUUUUCGAAGAUAUUCCACCGGGAUACAGUACGUCACGGAUUUGAAUCAGAACAACACUUACGGCAAAAUCUCGCGGAGCCCCGGCAAAACCGCCUGCGCGGAUAAUUACGGAUUCGGUAACUUCUUCACGUAUCCGGCCAAGCACUCGUGGCAUCACUCGGAACCGUGCGCCGAUUACAUAACCGAUCGCCGACCGAUCGAUGCGACGAACAAUCGGCCACCCGAGCCGCCGCCGAGAGAUCCACGUUACCGCGCGUUCAAUUACGGAUACAGUUCCUAUCCGGCGAGGAAGCAACAAUACAACGCGCCGAAUUCUUUCAAACAAAACGACGAGAUCGCGAACGGGAUGUCGAUACUCGACGGCGUGAGUUUCCGAUCGAAUUACGGAUCGAACAACGAGACCGUUUGGCGCAACGGGGCGACGGAAAGACGACCGAAUUCCACGUCGUCGAAAACAACGGAUUUUCGCAACUCGCUCGAGCGUAUAAACAAUCAAUACAAUUCGACUCGUCACGGCGCGAACAACGCCGAGAAGAUCGACAAUGCGGCGAGAUGCCGGCACAGAAACACGCGCAACAAUCAGCUCAAUUGCGGCAACGAUGAGAAUUACAGCGCGUACAAGAAUAAAUCAACGAACGUAUGCAAACCGAACAAACAGUGCGAGAUGACGAUUUUGUCGCACGCGGCCUCGUCCGAUUGGUCGUCUAGAAGAUCACCCUGCGAGCAACGUGUUUCACGUUCCGUCACACCUACGUCGACGCGCGUCGACAAUCGCAACGAGAGAAGCAAACAGGAAGACGCGAGAAGAGCGACACCUACGAGCGAGGAAGCUAUGGAGAGACGAAGAAGCUCGAGAAAUCUCGAGGAGGCUCUGUCCGAGCUGGAGGCGAUAUACAACAGCCUUCGUCUCGGCGACGAGGAUCUUCUGGAUCGCGCGGAACGCCGAAGCAUGGAGGAAUUCAGUCUGAAGCAUAGCAAAAACGAGCUCGACGCCGCGAUCGUCCCGGACGACUCGCCGGACAGAACGACGGACGAUAUGGCCUAUCGAAGGAUGCAUCCCAAAGAGCGACCCACGUCGUUGUCGGAUAUCGCGGGACAGUCGGCUCUGUCCAACAUCAGUUAUCUCAUCGCCUCACCUAUUCUCUCGCGAAGAGACUCGGCCGACGAUCUGGCUCGGUUGUGCUCGUCGGCAACCUAUCCGUCCUAUCGUCGCAACGAGCCGGACGUGACGCGUGACGACGUGGUGUUUCGCAGCAUAACUCACGCGAACAACACUCUGCGCGUAAUCGAUCCGCAGCCGCCGUUCGGCAUUCCGCUCGGACCGGUCACCGCGGCAACCGAGAGCGACUAUCUGCACACGACACCGACGAAACCGGAACAGCCGCGCUCGCCGUACAUACCGCAAUGCGAGCCCGACGUGAUCACGGAUGACUUGGCUUACAGAACGUUACGGAAGGACGCGGGCGCGGCGCGAAGUCCGACCGAGAACAGGAUCGUCGCGAAGGAACAGACGGCGGAUGUAACGAGGAAGAAGCGCGCCGUGAGAUCGCUCUCGGCCAAUCUCUACGGAUUGAUCAAUCACGAUCGGAUUCAUCUGCGACGCGAGCCCAGCCUCGACGCCAUUCGGGACGAGAUUCAGAACGCCGGGACGAGCUUCGCCGCGGCGACUUCGUGCGAACGACCGGAAUAUCUCAGACGCGUCGUGAGCGACGGCGAAUUGUCCGAUACUGACGCGCGUAGGCGAAAAAAACCGUCGCUCGUCGACGGACGAGAUACGGAUAUCAACGGCAAUCAUCCGAUGGUGGGCGCGGGUCGGGACAAACCGUGCGCUUAUACGUUGUUGGAAACGACGACGUUGGAGGCGACGCGAAGUCCCAAGAAGGCGUCGAGUGCCGCGGAGCUGUCUGAUGUUGCGAUGAUGUCUUCGAGAACGGUCUUGGACGACGAUUUUUGGCACGAAUACCUGCGCUCGGAUUCCAACAUCUCGGCAGCCAAUAGCGGCACGACCGAGACGGACUUCAGCGCGUACAGUCGUCUCUGCCAAGAUCUGGUUAACUUGAUAAAAAGCGACGAGGACACGGCGCCGCCGAUCGAGUCGCCGAAUGCGGACGAUUCCGUCGCGCCGACCGAUAAGUCGAACGACGUCGAACACAGUGCGGUCGACGAACCCGCGACGAGCCCACGGUCUCUAGAUAGUCAUUGCUCGGAGUCCCAACGUGCCGCGCGUGCCAGCGACGAGAGGCGCGUCGCGGACGAAAACGCGGACGAGAGUCCAAUUCCGUCUUCGAUUGCAAAUUCCGCAGAGCCUGCUUCGGAAUCGAAUCAACCGGCCGACAACCUUGAUUUCUAUCUUCGCGUGGCGGACGAGAACGUCAAGCUGAUCGCGGAGGCUUUCGGCGACGUGGUCGAUCGUCUGCGCGACAAUCGUCUGUCCGCCCUCAAGAAUAAUUCGUCCCCGCACGGUUCCGAAGCGGAGAGUUACAGCGCGCGCAGUUCCGCUCUGCAAAGCCAGGACGAGCAAGCGACGCGGAACGACGAGCAGCGGCGGCUCGUUCUUUCUCCGAGACAACACGGGGAAAUCGCCCGCGAGAAACGCAAUUCAACGACGAGCAACGAGGAGGACCAAAGUAGCGGAAAUCGCUACGAGGACGUUUCCACUGCCGACGCGGAACUGGAUUUAUCCAGGGCCGUUCGCAACCUGCAACUAGCCGCGGCCAGUCUGUGCGAACACGGGCCUGAGAUCGAGAGUUUGAGAAUAAAACGCGCCGGGAGAAUCGACGUGACACCGGUCACAAGUACGGACGAGAACGAGGACAGCAAUCCGAUGCGUAAGAUCGGUCUGAUCGCCGACGCCCUGAGACAGGAGCAGGAACGCGAUCAGGAGGAGAAGAAGACGGCGGUGCGGCCGAGCGGCGUCGAGACGACGCGAAGCGACGCGACGCGAUGCGAUGAGAAUCGCGAAGGUGAGCGGCACGCAGAAGUGUGCGAGCUUGAUCGUACGGAAUUGCAACUCGAGUGCGGAGUACGCGCUCCCUAUGUCACUAACAUCAUAACCGUCACGAUAACGACGUAUUCCAUUAUCCUGCUCGCUUGUCUCCUUGCAUUGCUUGUAGCGAUCGUAGUGGCAUCGUGAGGGACGCUGUUUCGUCCUAUGAUUUUUCGCGCGCACACGAAAUUGUGUAAAUAAAAAGAAUACAAUCGCGAAUGAAUGCGUAAAAAAUAGAUGUGCGAGCGCAUCCCGUUUCACAUCGUCUUCAUCGUCAUCAACGACAUAACACGCCUUUAAUUUCUGUGUUUAUUGCAAAUGUUACUAAUGUCGCAGGUUACCAGACGCUCGCUCGCUCACAAUGACGAUUGAAAAACACUCGUUCGAAACUGACCGGUCGGCGUGGUCAUAGUGCGACGAGGCGAAGCAGGUUGAUAUCUUUUACAUAACGAAUAGAAUAAAAAAAAAUAUAUAUACAUAUAUAUAUAUAUAUAUAUAAUACAUAAACUCAUGCAAAAGAGAGAGAAAAGAAUGCAGUUUCUGCGAACUGUCGAAUCAAUUGUUGUUAUUGCACUUGUUACACAACUGUUGUUGGUUUUAAUAAAGUUUAAAUGUUAAUUAUGUAAAAAAAAAAAAAAAAAAAAGAAAACAAAACCUACACGGUGUGUAUUGCGCAAUUUAUAUUCCAAAACAAGCGCUCCAAUCCUCAUCAAUUGUUUCUUUGUUUAGGUUUUUUAAAUGUUUUUUUAAUCGUUUUCUCUGGCGAUGUAACAACGAAAAUCAUUUACA